ACUUCAGAUGCAGCAGUAUUAUUGCUCACACUUCUAUGCCUCCAACAGCUGUUAACAUUGAGCAAGAAUAUUUUUGUUUAAAUUGCGACGAUGCAUUUCCAAUAUCAUUUCGUAAGUUGUUGCGGUCUUUUUAACGUCGUGUCACGUUUAAUCAGGUCCGGCUAAAUUUGAAAAUUCGUCACAAUUUCUGCGAUCGUCAUCGACCAUUCUAUUGAUACAUAUUUUUCUCGGUUCAUCAGUGGGAAAAAAGUUUUUGAGUUAUGCGGAAAGGUGUGACAGGUGUCUCAGUUUGUGUCCAACCGAUUCGGCGUCCAGAGAAUUACUCGAGGUAACGAAUUCGUGGAACGGAAAAUCGCUCGACGAAAGGGUAAUUUUGUGAUCGCACUUGGUAGAGAUCUCAUUCGUCGCCGGAUCGGUUGUUCUUCACUUCAGACGUUGCUCGUUGUGCCAUGGUCGUUAAAACAAACGAAUUUACAGAUACUACAAUGAAGAAAUGUUUGCUAUGUCCAAAUCCUUUUGCCUUUGCUUUCCGGCGUUCGUUUCAUCAGAGGGGACAGAUUCGGAGAGUGAACCGCAUUUUAUCUACCGGUUCGAUAUGUAUUUGGUGUUAUGGGCAUGCUGGGAGUUAUGGUCGCAUACAUGAUGCGAGCAUGCUUAAGCAUAGCCAUAACUCGGAUGGUGGUUCCAAUCCCUCCGAGUACAAACCAAUCCAUACCACCCGAAGACGUAUGUCCUGGUACAGACAACAUAGUCGUUGUUGACCACUCUUCCUGGAAAACUCAAGUCGGCCAAUUCGAGUGGAGCGAAACAACCCAGGGUGUAAUUUUAUCAGCAUUUUAUUACGGAUACAUCUUAACGCACAUACCGGGAGGUUUACUGGCUCAGAAAUUCGGUGGAAAACAUACCUUAGGAUUUGGUAUCCUUUCUACGGCACUAUUCACUCUGCUGACGCCGAUUGUAGCUUAUCAAGGAUCGACGGCUUUGAUUAUAUUACGUUUUUUAGAAGGCGUUGGAGAGGGUACUACUUUUCCAGCAUUAUGUACGAUGUUGGCACAAUGGGCUCCGCCCAAUGAAAGGAGUACUUUGUCUACAGCUGCCUUUACAGGAGUACAAAUAGGAACAGUGUUGGCCAAUUUGCUCGGUGGUGUGAUUCUCGAAUACAUGCCUACUGGUUGGGAAGCGGUAUUUUAUAUUUUUGGAACCGUCAGCGUUAUUUGGUUCUUGUUCUGGACUGUAUUAUGUUACAACGACCCGAAUAGUCAUCCCUUUAUUACCGAAAGAGAAAAGCUAUUCUUGAAAGAGACUAUUGGGCAAACUGAAAGGAAUAAGGAUUUAGGACCAAUGCCUUGGAAAGCAAUUUUAACUUCGGCUCCUGUUUGGGCUCUGGUAAUCGGCGAAGUUGGACACGAUUGGGCUUUAUACACGAUGGUUUCAGAUUUGCCAAAAUAUAUGAGCGAUGUUAUGAAAUUUAAUCCAGCUGCGAACGGUAUUUUAUCUGCUCUACCAUAUUUUGCCACCUGGAUCGCGUCUUUAUCAUCGAGUGCUCUUGCGGAUUACAUAUUGAAAAGGAAUUACGCUUCGACUACAUUCAUCCGUAAACUGUUUGCUACGAUAGGUUCUGUGGGGCCAGCGAUUGGUGUAAUAUGUGCUUCUUAUGUGGGCUGCGAUCGAGUCGCUGCUACUGUAUUUUUCACCAUUGGAAUGGCUCUGAUGGGCACUUGCUAUUGUAGUUUAAGAGUGAACGCGUUAGAUCUCAGUCCAAAUUAUUCCGGUACAAUAAUGGCAUUUGUAAAUGGAGCAGGAUGCAUAUCAGGAAUGCUUACACCGUAUUUCACAGGAUUAUUAACCCCGAAUAGAACCGUUAAAGAAUGGAGAGUGGUGUUUUGGAUCAUGGUAGUCAUACUCAUCUCUACCAACAUAGUUUACGUAAUGUUUGGAUCUGGUGACCAGCAAGAUUGGAAUGAACCAAAAAUACAAGAAACACCCAAAUCUAGCCAAUCGAAAAACAACACUGAAAAAGAAGGAGUAACCAAAGUGUAACAUUUCUAUAUGGAAUUCUCGAGCGAAUUUGAAAAAAUUCCAUCAAUAAGGAAUGUAGUUCCUCUUCAGUAAUUUAUGUGAUAUUUUUGAAGGAUCGAAUAUGUUUGAAUGUUUUUCAAUUUUUCGUAUUUUGUAUGGAUUAUUAUUUUUUUAUUAUUUCACGUGAUUUUUUUGUAUCAGUAGUUGUAUACCUACCUCAUCUUUAUUGCAAUGUAAUAUCAUUUCGAAUUAGUAUUUUAUUAGUGUGAGUAAAGAGACGAGACAUUAGCAAAGUUGUCGAUUUGAAAAAAAAAAUUGCACCGAGUUGACAAAAAAUAAUUUUAUUUUUAUAAUUUUAGAAAUAUUGUCCGUGUAGUAGUUGAAUGUUUAGUAUUAACAUCGAAGGAAUGUUUUCUGUAAACUGUAUUUUUUUUUUACAUUUUGAUAAUUCAUCGUAAAUAACGAAAUUCGAACGGAUCGAAGAACCGUAAACUUCCUGCGACUAACAUUUAUACUGAUUGGAAAAUACACGCCUUGCACGUUA